ACAAAGUUUGAGGAGAGAGCCUUACAUCACUCACUCUCUCCACCCCGAGCGCCGUGCCGGGGGACAGACGGAGGUGUAAGCCUGAGUCACACCAGAAGAACUUAGGCAGCAACGCGCUGGCCGGAGAGCCCCGGGAGCUCCAGACACAAUUCCUCCCGCUUCCAGGAAAAAGGGCAAUGUCUGACUCCGGACCUGAAUGGGGACAAAUGACGGCUGUUGACAGCAAAAGAAAACCGUGAGGGACCCAAGAUUGCCCCCUAAGCCUCGCCACUGCAGUCCCAGCCCUGGAUAGCUUUUCAGGAGUUUGGAUCGGAAGCAGUUUCUCCUCCCCUCAUCCCUGGGCCGGUUGGUCGCUCCAAUGUGUUUAUUGAUCACCAAAGACUCUGAAGUUUGGAGACAGGCAAGAAACACCUCUUAACGCUCCACGACUCUGCCUUCACUCUGAAGUUCACAAACUCUAGCUAAACAGAUGGUGUUCUUCUUUCUGGAACCUGUGACAAUGUCCCUUUCCCAAAGAAGUGAAAGUUAAAGGCAACUCUUUGUCACAGACCCUCAGGAAUUCCACUUGGAUCAUAUUUUCACCUCUGAAAAAACCAUGAAGAAGCUGCUGCCUCUUUGCUGCUGGCACUCCUGGCUGCUGUUAUUUUAUUGUGAUUUUCAGGUGCGCGGGGCCCACGCCAGGUCACAAGUCCAUCCAGGGUUUGAGGUCCUGGCUUCUGCUUCCCAUUACUGGCCAUUGGAAAAUGUGGACGGGAUCCACGAACUUCAGGAGACAACUGGAGCAUCACGAACCCACAACCUCACUGUGCUCCCUUCUCAUAAUUCUACCUUUGUUUAUACCAAUGACUCUGCCUACUCAAAUUUCUCUGCAACCGUAGAUAUUGUAGAAGGAAAGGUCAACAAAGGCAUUUACCUCAAGGAGGGAAAAGGAGUCACAUUUCUCUAUUACAGAAAGAACAAAACUUCCUGCAUCAGUAAUCCGGCACAGUGUGGCCCUGAGGGGGUCUCCUUCUCUUUUUUCUGGAAGACACAAGGAGAACAGUCCACAUCAAUCCCUUCUGCCUAUGGAGGACAGGUCAUUUCCAACGGGUUCAAAGUCUGCUCCAGUGGCGGCAAGGGCUCAGUGGAGCUAUACACGCAUAACAAAUCCGUGACAUGGGAGGCCAGCUUCAGCCCCCCAGGCCACUACUGGACUCACGUCCUGUUUACAUGGAAGUCCGAGGAGGGCCUGAAAGUCUACGUCAACGGGACCCUGAGGACCUCAGACCCAAGUGGAAAAGCGUCUCCUGCCUACGGGGAGUCCAAUGACAACCUCGUGCUGGGGUCUAAGCAGGACCAGACCAAGAGCUACGAGAACAGAGCUUUUGACGAGUUCAUCAUCUGGGAACGGGCUCUGACACCGGAUGAGAUCGCCAUGUACUUCACAGCUGCCAUUGGAGAGCAGCUUUUGCUGUCUUCAACAUCUCCCAGCUUCUCCGUGACACCCACAGUGAACACCAUGGCGCCCACCGAUGCCUACCAUCCCAUCAUAACCAACUUGACAGAGGAGAGGAAAAACUUCCGGAGUCCUGGAGUUGUUCUGAGUUACCUUCAAAAUAUGUCCCUCAGCUUACCCAAUAAAUCCCUCUCAGAGGAGACGGCAUUCAACCUCACCAAGACUUUCUUAAACACCGUGGGAGAGGUUCUUCGUUUGCCCAGCUGGUCUUCUGUAUCAGAGGACAGCGCUGUGGUGCCGGGCUUGAUAGACACCAUCGACACCGUCAUGAGCCACAUAACUUACAACCUGCAGGCAAGCAAGCCCCAGGUCGCCAUCGUGGGUUCCUCGUCCAUGGCAGACUUUUCAGUGGCCAAAGUGCUCCCCAAGACCAUGAAUUCCUCCCACUACCGCUUCCCGGCCCAGGGGCAGAACUACAUUGAGAUCCCCCACGAGGCUUUCCACAGCCAAGCCUGGACCACCAUCGUGGGGCUUCUCUACCAUUCGGUGCACUAUUACUUGAGCAACAUCCAGCCGGCCAGCACCAAGAUUGCUGAGGCAGCAAAUUAUAAAAACUGCUUGCUCUCUGCGACCAGCUAUCUGAUCUCCCUGGAGGUCUCCCCGACGCCGAAGCUCUCCCAGAAUUUAUCGGGCUCCCCUCUUAUCACUGUCCACCUCCGGCACCAUUUGACUCAAAGGCAGUACACUGAGGCCACCAAUGAGAGCAACCGAAUCUUCCUGUAUUGCGCCUUCCUGGACUUCAGCUCCGGAGAAGGCAUCUGGUCGAACCAGGGCUGUGCGCUCACGGAAGGGAACCUUAGCUACUCCGUCUGCCGCUGCACGCAUCUCACCAACUUUGCUAUCCUGAUGCAGGUGGUCCCACUGGAGCUCACACGCGGACACCAGGUGGCGCUCUCGUCCAUCAGCUACAUCGGCUGCUCGCUGUCCGUGCUCUGCCUGGCCAUCACGCUGGUCACCUUCGCCGUGCUCUCCUCUGUCAGCACCAUCCGGAACCAGCGUUACCACAUCCACGCCAACCUGUCCUGCGCUGUCCUGGUAGCCGAGGUCCUGCUGCUCAUCAGCUUCCACUUUGAGCCAGGCACGGCCCCGUGCCAGGUGCUGGCCAUGCUCCUGCACUACUUCUUCCUGAGCGCCUUUGCGUGGAUGCUGGUAGAAGGCUUGCAUCUGUACAGCAUGGUGAUCAAGGUCUUUGGAUCAGAAGAUAGCAAGCACCGCUACUACUAUGGGAUAGGAUGGGGUUUUCCUCUUCUGAUCUGUAUCAUUUCAAUAGUCUUUGCCAUGGACAGUUAUGGAACAAGUAAGAAUUGCUGGCUAUCACUCGGGAAUGGCGCCAUCUGGGCCUUCGUGGCCCCUGCCCUGUUCAUCAUCGUGGUCAACAUUGGCAUCCUCAUCGCGGUGACCAGGGUCAUUUCACAGAUCAGCGCCGAGAACUACAAGAUACACGGAGAUCCCAGCGCCUUCAAGUUGACUGCAAAAGCUGUGGCCGUGCUGCUGCCCAUCCUGGGAACCUCGUGGGUCUUUGGCGUGCUUGCUGUCAACAACCAGGCCAUGGUCUUCCAGUACAUGUUUGCCAUACUCAACUCCUUACAGGGAUUUUUCAUCUUCCUCUUUCACUGUCUUCUGAAUUCAGAGGUGAGAGCGGCUUUCAAGCAUAAAACCAAGGUAUGGUCCCUCACGAGCAGUUCCAGCCGCCAGGCCAACGUGAAGCCCUUCAGCUCGGACAUUAUGAACGGGACCCGGCCUGCUACGGGCUCCACCAGGCUCAGCCCUUGGGACAAGAGCAGUCACUCCGGACACCGCGUGGACCUGUCUGCCGUGUGAGCAGAGAGGCUGAAGACCCGGCCGGCCUGCUGAUCAGAACCCCUCUACCUGCUGCAAACAGAACGCAAGCAAUGCUCUGCCGUCGCCACUGGGACCCUCUCCUCGUUACCGUCUGGACCCAGGGGUCACAGCCCCGAGAGAGCUGUCCUCACCUGUGACCUGCCCAUGUGACAGAGUCUGCCAGUCUGCCUGCAGCCUGAUACACAGAGGAGGGGGGAGGACCCUGGGGCACACACUUCCCCUUCAUCCCUGCCAGUGCACACAGAGCACAGGACCCUCCACACUGGGCGCACAGGGGCCAUAGCACUGGGUGAGAAGUUUAACCUCUGCCUUGUGGUGGGGACUUUGGACCAAAGUCCUGCUGUCUGCAGGGGAGGGUCGGGCUGAGGCAGCUGCCCAUGAGCAUGUUUUCCACCUGCCGACUCCACCUAACAACAGGGUCCCCAAUGCCAGGCACCUGCCAAAGAGGGAUUCUUUCUGCAGGGUGAUGCCAGCCUGAGCCAGCCCCACGUCUGCUCGCAUGGCCCCGCUGGGCCUCUGCUGAUGCCCAGGGCUGUGGGGUGGAGACGCUGGCUGCCAGGCCCCUGUCUGUGCAUAGGGAUCUCGCCAAGGCAAAGAGCUCCACAGAGGGUGGGGUCUUUUGCUCCGAAAGCAUCUCAGCCCCUUCCUUAUGAGUGUUGGCUCUUCAGAUUCAAAGUCAGCCUUAAAAUCCACCCCCUCCUCCUUUCCUGGCACCUGAGCCUUCUCUGUGUUCACGAUGGGCCAGAAGAGCCACUGUUUUCCAAGACAUAACAUCCCUAGGAUUUCUUCCUCAUCACUUGCAAAUGCUUUUCCAGUUUUCCAAAAAGUGGAUUACAGUGGAGAGUAGCACGGUACGGUACGUGACUGCACAUUGCUGCAAAGACGCCUUGACAAAUAGAGCCACAUGGCAGGCUGCGCUUGAAUGCAGGGGAGAAUCAAGAACCCCUGUCCUGACCGACCUAGGGAGGUGGGAGGUGGCAUUGGUUGUGUCUUCUGAGUUGAUGUUUAUUUAUAGACCUAGACCUGGACUCAGCCCCCUAGGAAACGGAAUGAUCCUUACGACCCCAUGUUUGGGCGAGAUCCCGUGGAACGCUAGGGUUUGCGAUCCUAGAUGUGAACCAAGACGCCAUGGAACCGUUGGGAAACAAGACUGCGAAAGGUUGCACUGUGAUGACCGCACUGAGAGUGCUUGUGAAAUGUGUGGGUAAGAAAUUCCAACCUGUUUUUGAUACUGGAAAAUCUUCCUUGAAAUCUGUGACGGCGAUAGCAUUAAAGCCCCUGCUCCCCACGACCGUCCCGCCCCGUCCCCUCACCUCUGCUUUGUCUCCUGGUGAGUUUCUCUGUGGUUUUGUAGACCUUCUCCCAUCUUCCUUUGCACCUUCGUAAAGGAACUGCCCUGACGACAAUGAGUAUUAACAGUCAUCUUCAAGCAUCUCCUGCUGUGUUGAGGGUGGGACACAGUGGCAUGUUGAUGGAGGGGUUAACCUCUAUCCCUCCACAGGGAGGAGGGGUCCUCAGAUGUACCAACCUCAGCACCUGUGACAGUGCCCUGUGUGGUCCCACAGAUGUGCCCUGGGGGGUGAACCUGCCCGAUGCAGGCAAAGACCCCAGUGUUUGGUGAAAAGUAUGGCUGGCCCCACUCUAAGUGUCUUGUGAUUCCAGAAGCCAGGUCACCUGUAACUUGGCAUUAUAUCCUUGUGCCCAAGAGCACCUAGAAGUGAGAACACUGUAUUCCUAAGAUUUACACUUGGAUUUUUUUUUUCUUAUUUAGUUUCUGGUGAAGCAAAUCAAAUAAGGAACUGUCUUUAUUUUACAUAGAAUUCUUUGGUUUUUUUAACUCUGCAUAUUCACUCUACACAGCUAAUAUAUAUCAGGAGAAGUAAUGAACAACUUCUUAUUUCUAAAAAUGAGAGUAGUGCACUUUAUUUAUAGGCUAUAUAUUUUGGCUUCUGCGGCACUCAAUUAUCUACAUGUAAUUUGGCCGAAGAUAAGCAAUUGGAAAGAAUUCUGUGUUUAAAGUAGUUUAUAGCACAGAAAAGGUGAUGAAUGCCACUAUGUAGUGAAUAUGUGUUGUGACUUUUAUGAAAUAAACUCUUAAUGCCCUUUAAGUAAAA